CUGAUAUUUCAGUCAGACAUUGCUUGCUGCGGCAGUAGAUUCGAACACUUUGAUUUCCUGAUCGACAUCGUUCCCCGUGAAGAUUCAAAGAAGAUCCAUGAUGAACUGGCCAAUAACUCACUGACCGUGACAUCGGAAGGCGUGAUAGGAACGCCUGCUCAGGUGCAGUAUGUGUUGGCUGGCGAUGGCGCAUCCGGUAACGACGUGUAUCACCUUGAGAAUGGACAAGUUGGUCCUUCCGCUGCCAAUAUCGACAUUAGUCAGUUUGCCUCCUGGAAUGCAAAUUUUACACAUACCGUCACAAUGAUUCUUCUCUCCUCGAGCUCCUACCACCCGGCUUCAUUGUAA